UCGAUCGACUCUGCGCAACGAGAGCUGGGCGGGCUUGGGGAGGCGCCAAGGGGGAUGCAUAUCCAUCAGGGUCGGCCACUUGUUUCAGGCCAGGCGGUCGUUCGGAGCAGGCUCGCAUCUGCAGGAGCCAUCCGGUAGGGUUUGACAUCUCCAUGCACCCUUUGUUCGCUACGAAUAGGACGUAUGUGCUGAAUGUCAUCCAGCAGCCAAACAGAGCCAAGAGUGGCAGCCUCGACACAUUGACAGACCCCAAGCCUGUCGAUCCGCCGGUGAUCUUGCAGCUAUCUACAAGAGCCUCCGAGGAGCGUGUAUUGCGCAGUCCGGUCGAUAUGCCAGAGUCAGCAACCUUUGUUGUUCACGCCAAGUUGUGGGCCGAAACCCGCGACGAGGAGAGCCUGGAAGGAGAACCACAGUUCCGCAGGGAGGAAACGAUUCCCUCUUCGUCGGCAAGCUCCCGACGGCCGAGUCGAGACGCCCUUGCAUUAAGGCAGAUCCAAAGCCAGCGGCAAACACCACGAUCUUUCGCACAGCCAGCCGGAGAUGAAUCGAGCGAAGCCCUGCCUGCGACUCUGGCGUUUGGCACCCUGGUCUCGCACUCGCUGUUCCUCACUGAUAUGGAAGGGGAUCCCGGUGUCUUUUUUGUCUUCAGCGACUUGUAUGUUCGCAUGGAGGGAAGAUUCCGACUCAAGUUCUUCCUGACGGAUCUGCAGCAAAGCGAGGAAAGCGGUGUCGGUGGGCAGUGUCUGGCGACGGCAAUCAGCCAGCCAUUCACAUCGUACGGCUGGAAGCAGUUCCCCGGAAUGCAGCGUGAGUACCCAUGGAUGCUCAACAGUCUGGUGUCUCCAAACGAGUCUCUCGGUGCGAGUCUGCAGCCUGGCUGCUGGUUGCUGUGGUUGUGGUUGUGGCUAUGGUUUUGGUUGAGACUGUGCACUGGCUGUGGUGCAGGAGCACUGCGAAGGUGUCGGUGACAUUGGUCUGGUCUGGUCUGGUCCU